AUGGUUCAUACAUGUAAUAGAUGUAAUAAAUCAUUCAAAAAGUUAUGGAUGCUUACUUGUCAUCUUCAGAAUAGAAAAUUUCUAUGUCGACCUCAAGUUAUUUCUACUACAAAUCAAAUUCUAAUUCCUCAAAUCGAUUUAGAAGUAGGUAUUAAUACAAAGUAUCAAAUCUCUAAUUCCUCUUUUAAUAAAGUCUCUGACUCUUCUGGCCUAUCCAAUAAGAAUACUAUAGAUUUAGAUAAAUAUUUAUCUCGAGAAGAAUUUGAGUUUCUUAAAACAUUAGAUCUAAUAGAAAAUGAUGCUAUAUUAGAUACUAGUAUUCAAUUUAUUCAAAUUAGAGUUAGUGAUCCAAAAAGACCCUAUGAUAAUUUUAAUUUAUUAACAAAUGCUAAAGAUGAAAUUACAAGAGUUCUUAAAAUCAAGCUUAAUAAAAAAGAGCAUAUAAAGUUAGUAUUAGUUGCCCUUUGCUAUUAUAAAAAAGUCAACAAAUCACUAAAAAAAGAGGAUAAAGAAAAUAAUAUAAUAUAUUGUCAUCACAGAAGUAAAAUAUAUUCACUUUUAUCAGAAAAUGAUAUAGAUAACCAUAUAUCUCAGUCAGCUUCAAAAAUAGAUAAAGAUAUUGAGGAAAUAUUAAGAUGA